UGGAGGGCUAUGGGUAAGCCUAGGUAGUUCUAAGGUAAGGACAUGUUCGGAACAGCUUUGUGGGCCGAAGAGCCUGUAUUGUGCUGUAUGUUUUCUAUGUUCUUAAAACAUUAAAUUAAUUCAAAGGAAGACCCAGGAAUAUGGAUGUACUUCAUCUUUACUUCAAGCCAGGUGAGCAGAAUCGCUUCGAAGCGUGAUGAUGAAUGCAAUUUAUAUAUUUUUACAUACAACUUAUAAUUAAUUAUUUAAACAAGUGAUGCUUAAUCAAACAAUACAUAUACAUAAGAUUACUCAAAUACCACUGAAACAUUAAAUACAAAGCGCCCACUCCCGGUGUAACCAUUCCUCUCACCCAUGCUGUAUCCAGUUUAAACAGCUCGGCCUCCUCUACCUGGAAAAGGUCCCAGAGCUCCCACACUGAUGCCAAAUCCUUUAACCUGCCCUCUCCCUCUGUACCUAGGUGGUACACAGAUUGCCUCCCUAUCUCCCACCCCCUUUUAUUUCUCCCUCUCCCUCCAUUCACCUGUAGGACACAUCUGGUGUCCAAUCAUCGACCCACAAAAUGCCAACACCCUCUAAUACCCCUUAUCUCCACACUUCGCAGAGCUUAUCAACCAUGGAAGCAAUGACGGACCCAGCUCAUCUCUUGCCGCCUCAUUCCCUGCGCUGCCUAGCACGCCAGUGGUUGCUGGAGGACUCUCACCAGCUGGAUUGGGCAGGGGCUGUAGUGGGGGAAAGGUCAGUGGGAGCUGCCCUCCUUCUCAAGUCUCCUGGGGUGUUGGCUGGUUCGCCCUUUGCUCAGGCCAUCUUCCAGGAGACUGGUUGUCGAUUCCAUUGGCUGAAGCAGGACGGGGAGCACCUGGAGCCUGUCUGCACUGUGGCCCAUAUUUGGGGUCCUGCACGGGCCCUGCUGCUGGCCGAGAGAGUUGCCCUCAAUGUUCUUGGACGAGCCAGUGGGAUUGCUACCUCCUGCCGCUCUGCCCAAGAGCUAGCAUACUCCCUAGGUUGGGGUGGGCGGCUGGCAGGCACCCGCAAGACUACCCCUGGCUUUCGGCUGGUGGAGAAACAUGCCAUGGUAGUGGGCGGGGUGGAUACCCAUCGCUACAGUCUCGGAGACCUGAUCAUGCUCAAGGACAACCACAUGGCAGUGGUCGGCGACAUUGCUAAGGGAGUGAGACAAGCCCGGGUGAUCGCAGGCAUCUAUAACAAGAUCGAGGUGGAGGCUCGCUCACUAGAUGAGGCGCGCCAGGCUGCUCUGGCUGGAACUGACAUCGUGAUGCUGGAUAACUUUCCUCCACAGGAAUUGCAGGAAGCAGCCAGGGCCCUGAAGGAAGAGUUCCCUGGGCUAUUGAUCGAAGCCAGUGGUGGAAUCACUCAGGAUAACCUACCCGUUUACCUCAGUCCUCACAUCAAUGUAAUCUCUCUGGGAGCCUUCACACAGCGGCUGACCGCCAUUGAUUUCUCCAUGAAGGUUCUCCCCGAGCUGGGCAGUGGCCCCGAGUCCAGGUCUUUUAUUACUGGAGCCUUCCCUGAGAACUAGUGACUUCUAGGUUAGGGGUUGUGGGUUUGUAUCUGUAUGGGGGAGGAACAGUCUUCUCCUUCUACUCUGGUCCAUGUUUGAUGAAUCGAGUUGAAACACCCUGGUCUGUGUAUCUGUAUGUACUUGUCUGUGCAUACUCACCUGCCCAAGCAUGCAGCAAGGCAUGUAGAGACAAGGACCCUGAUGUGUGCACACAUGCCACUCCCUCUGUGACGUGCAGGGCUCAAGUGAUCAUGUGUUGCUUCUAUCACCUGUGAGGAAAAGCGAUGACAACAUGGAUGUGUGUUUCAGAUUUGGUUUGAGAUAGACUGACUUGAGGAUAAAAGAAACAGCCUUUUAAAGGCUCAAUAAUUGGAGUGUGUUGAAGUGGAGAGGGAAAUAAGGGAGAUGGAAAGAAAAUAAAUUUAAAAAGAUGAAUAUUGAAAGGAUGUUUAAAGUGUACUGUUAAUCUCAGUGGAGAUGUAUUCCAGCGAAGAAGAAAUAUGGGUGGUAAAGAAAGCAUAUGGAACACUGGCACUCAUGGAUCAGAGGCCAUUUCGCAGCUGUUUAAAACUUUGGCAGGCCACAGCUGGAGUGUAGACACAGACAGGCAGACACACAGCGCGUGCACUCGUGUUCUCUCUCUCGCUCACUUUCUCUCACACUACCACACAGUGAAGGCCCCAGACCCACACCAUCUUCGUUUGCCCAUCACCAUUCUCCUUUACUUCUCAACUCCUUUCCCAUAAACCCUCUCCCUCCUUAUCUCUCACCCUCCUUCCAAUCCGUUCUCUCCAUUUCUCUCUUUCACUCUCUUUUUCACUCUCUUUUUCUCUCUCUCUCUUUAGUCUCUCACUCUCACUGUUUCUUACCAUUUCAUCCCUCUCCAUGGUGUUGCUUUCUCCCAUACGAAUAUUCAUUCCUGGAGCACUGCAAGA